AUGUGGUUGGAUACAACAGCAAGUGAUGUCGGCACAACAAUAUCAACUAAUGAAGAAGAACAAACAUUGAUACAUGCAGAAAAGAUUCAACUUACUGAUGAAUUUUGUGCACAGACUUUCUACACACAGGUUAUAACAGAUACAAAUGAUUCAUUAGAUAAUGAUGAAGCAUCAAAACUAGAAUCGGCCAACGAUGAUUCAAGUGAUGAAGAAAAAGAACAAUUAGAAUUUCAUGAGAAAUUAAAUGAUUUUGUUGAUGAACAAAUAUUUGAAAAUCCAAUUACGAGUGAUGCAGCUGUUGGCAACAUAGUAUUUGGUGUUCCUAGAUCGUAG